UCCUCGGUUAAAUAAAUUGACAAAGUCCUUUGUGGGCAAGUUGUCUUAAAUGUGCGCGAAUUAUUCUUCCUUUCCAGACACAACUCUCUCUAAUUCUUCCUCACCCCCUUCUCACAAAUUCUUUCUGCUAACGUAAAUUAUGGAUAAGCGUCGCCGGAAGCAGACCAAGACUACCCACCAAAGUUGUUGCUCCGAAGAGGUGAGCAGUAUCGAGUGGGAGAUCAUAAACAUGACAGAGCAGGAGGAAGAUCUUAUCUACAGAAUGCACAAGCUCGUUGGAGACAGGUAA